AUAGGCAGCAGGUGCAGCGCCCUCUGUCUGUCGAUAAAGCUCCUGCAGCAGCGUCGCCAGGUUGAUUUCAGUUGACCGUGCGUUUGUUAGGAUCUACAUCUCACAGAAUUUAAGAUAAUGCCCACAAUAAAAUUACAGAGCUCCGAUGGAGAAAUUUUUGAAGUGGAUGUUGAGAUAGCCAAACAGUCUGUCACCAUUAAGACCAUGUUAGAAGAUUUGGGAAUGGAUGAUGAAGGAGAUGAUGACCCAGUUCCCCUCCCAAAUGUGAAUGCUGCCAUUCUCAAAAAGGUGAUCCAGUGGUGUACUCAUCACAAAGAUGACCCUCCUCCUCCUGAGGAUGAUGAGAAUAAAGAGAAGAGGACGGAUGACAUUCCUGUUUGGGACCAGGAGUUCCUUAAAGUGGACCAAGGCACCUUGUUUGAGUUAAUUCUGGCUGCAAAUUAUUUGGACAUCAAAGGCCUUUUAGAUGUCACCUGCAAGACGGUGGCCAACAUGAUCAAAGGCAAAACCCCAGAGGAGAUCAGGAAGACUUUCAACAUCAAAAAUGAUUUCACAGAGGAGGAAGAAGCCCAGGUACGCAAAGAGAACCAGUGGUGUGAAGAGAAGUGAAGGGGAACAUCCUGCCAACACUACCACACUGAAAGGAUUAGUGUCCAUGCUAACCGCUUGCACUGGCGUUUGUUCAACGUGUUCAUACUUGUUAAUAUUUACUCUUAGUUUAUUGACACCCCUUUGCCCCCAUGUUGUGUCCUAUUAGCAUGAAAAUUUAAACCGCAUUUUAACAAAGGCACGUUUUACAGUUUGUACACAAUCAUGUUGUGUAUUCAAAGUUGAAAUACACCUGGUUUAGAGGGUUAUAGGUGAGUCAGUCAUGAUUUCCUUCCAUUAGUCAUAGCCCCUCCUUUUUUUUUUUUUUUCAAACUGGACUUUUCUUGGUCUUCUUUUAGUAAAUAAGAGUUGCUAUAAUAGGAUCUAAA